AUGGGAUUUCAAAGCCAGUGGGUCCCAGCUGACGGCCACGUGGCAAGUGGCAAGGUGGCGGCGGCGGCGGAGGGGAAAUUGGGGUCGAGCUUAACCCUUGAGCGAGUGGCUGCUGCCAAAAAUUACAUCGAGAACCAUUACAAAAGCCACAUGAAAGACAUGCAGAAACGCAGAGAAAGGCGAGAAUCGCUAGAAAGGACACUGGCUAAUUCAGGUGUACCAGAGGAAGAGCAGAUGGAUAUUAUAAAGGAUUUGGAGCGCAAAGAGACGGAGUAUAUGCGACUCAAGAGGCACAAGAUUUCUGUUGAUGAUUUCGAACUCUUAACCAUUAUCGGCAGAGGAGCCUUCGGAGAGGUUAGACUUUGUAGAGAGAAAAAAAACGGCGAUAUAUACGCGAUGAAGAAGUUGAAGAAGUCGGAAAUGCUCAGCAGAGGACAGGUUGAACAUGUAAAAGCUGAAAGAAAUCUGCUGGCUGAAGUUGGGAGUGACUACAUUGUCAAACUUCACUGUUCGUUCCAAGACGCAGAGUAUUUAUAUCUGGUAAUGGAGUACCUCCCCGGUGGUGAUGUCAUGACUUUGCUCAUGAGAGAGGACACCUUAACCGAAACUGUUGCUAGAUUUUAUAUCGCACAAACUGUUCUAGCUAUUGAAUCUAUCCACAAGCAUAACUACAUCCACAGGGAUAUAAAACCGGACAAUCUUCUGUUGGAUAGAAACGGGCACAUGAAGCUUUCUGAUUUCGGCCUAUGCAAGCCACUUGACUGCUCGAGUUUAUCGCCCCUUAAUGGGAAGGAGCCACUGGCAGAAAAUGACUUAACGAAAUCGGUUGAUGCAGAUGGAGUUUUACCUGAUAAGGGAGAUGGAAGCCAUUGGAAAAACCCUCUUGAACAAAGACAGCGUUGGCAAAUGAACAGGAGAACACAGGCAUUUUCAACCGUCGGCACGCCUGAUUACAUUGCUCCAGAAGUACUACUGAAGAAAGGCUAUGGCAUCGAGUGUGACUGGUGGUCACUAGGUGCCAUCAUAUAUGAAAUGCUUGUUGGCUAUGCCCCAUUCUACUCCGACGAUACAAUAACAACAUGCAAAAAGAUUGUACACUGGAGAAAUCACCUACAGUUUCCACCUGAAGCAAGGCUAACCCCCGAAGCAAAGGACCUGAUAUGUAGGUUGCUCUGUGAUGCUGAAAAUAGGCUAGGUUCUCAUGGAGCAGACGAAAUAAAGGCGCAUCCAUGGUUCAAAGAUAUUAAUUGGGACAUACUUUAUGAGAUGGAAGCAGCCUAUAAACCGGCCGUUUGUGGGGAUCUCGAUACUCAGAAUUUUAUGAUAUAUGACGAGGUAGACUUUCGAUUAUAUUUUUCGAAUUUAUGA